AUGACUGCCAUAGCUGGACGAUUCUGGUCGUAUACCACGUCAUUCCAAGGCAAUCCUGUGGUAUACAACUUCCGACGCGCCUUGCCUGGUCUUGAUUCCGCACUUGAAGCCAAUAGACUAGGCAUGCAUCGUCGAUAUAGCUAUAUACGAGGGCAUAUCUUCAUCGGCUGCCAAUCGAUCGGAUUACAGCUCUGGACUGCCACCGAGACAGUUGAGUUUAGCCUCCUGUCCUGUUCGGAGGAGCUUGAGGAACGCAUCGAGCGGAUUGAGAUCGAAAUCAAAUUCGUCAACGAUCCGUUCGAUCACCUCCAGGAGAACAACGGCAAGCUUGCCAUCGAAAAUGAGGACAUCAAGAAAAACCUUGCGCUGGCGGAGGAGCGUCAGAAAUGGUAUUCGACUCCUGGCUCUCUGCAGAAGAGGAGUUGA